AGCGGAGCCGAGCGGAGACAGCCGCGGCGCUGCAGAGCGGCUGGGGCGGCGGCGCGGCUCCCGGUGCUCCCCCGGCGCCCGCCCCGCGGCGCUGAGGGCCCGGCCCUGAAGGCCCCGGAGCCAUGGGCUGCAUCGGCUCCCGGACCGUGGGGAAUGAGGUGAUUGCAGUGGAUUGGAAGGGCCUGAAGGAUGUCGACCAAAUCAACAUGGACAGCACCAGCUCGCUGCAUGGGAGCAGCCUCCACCGGCCAUCCACGGAGCAAACCCGAACUGAUUUCUCCUGGGACGGCAUCAACCUCUCCAUGGAGGACACCACUUCCAUUCUUCCGAAGCUUAAGCGAAACUCUAACGCCUAUGGCAUUGGGGCCCUGGCCAAGUCAUCAUUCUCAGGGAUUUCGAGAAGCAUGAAGGACCAUGUGACAAAGCCCACAGCCAUGGGGCAAGGCCGGGUGGCCCACAUGAUUGAGUGGCAAGGCUGGGGGAAGGCACCAGCCAUUCAGCCACAACACAGCCAUGAGGCCGUGCGCAGGGAUACCGAUGCCUACUCCGACCUCAGCGAUGGCGAAAAGGAAGCACGUUUCCUAGCAGGCGUCAUGGAACAGUUUGCCAUCUCUGAGGCCACACUCAUGGCCUGGUCUUCCAUGGAUGGUGAGGACGUGAGUGUCAAUUCCGCUCAGGAGCCAUUGGGCUGCAACUACAGUGACAACUACCAGGAGUUGAUGGAGAGUCAGGAUGCCCUCGCUCAAGCUCCCAUGGAUGGAUGGCCUCACUCCUAUGUGUCCCAGGGCAUGUACUGUCUAGGGUCAUCAGAUGCCUGGGAAGCAAGCGACCAGUCCCUCAUUGCCUCUCCGGCUACAGGAUCCUAUCUUGGCCCUGCGUUUGAUGACUCACAGCCUAGUUUGCAUGAUAUGGGGCCUUCCCAACUUGCUUCGGGAUACUCUGCUCAGGAGCCUCCACCUUUGCUGGGGGGAGACACUGACUGGGCUCCAGGGGGGGGUGGGGUGGACCUGGCAAGGGGUCCUGCUGAGGAGGAGAAGAGGCCAUUGGCCCCCGAGGAGGAAGAGGACGCGGGGUGCCGGGACCUGGAGUCACUUUCCCCACGAGAAGACCCUGAGAUGUCUACUGCUCUCAGCCGGAAAGUGUCUGAUGUCACAUCCUCAGGUGUGCAGUCCUUUGAUGAGGAGGAGGGCGAGGCCAACAACUAACUUCCUCUCACUCCACGCCCUGCCUUCCACUCCCACUUGAGGGGCAUGGCUGCAACAAUACCCUCCCUUCCCCCAGCAGUACAGCUGAAACCUGGGCAGAAGACCACGAGGAACCCAGAAGCUUCCAGUCCUCGCCGGGAAAAUAGAGGGCCAGGAUGGGAUUUUAUCCUGGCUUACACUGUAGAAACCACAGGUCCAGGGACUGAGCGGCUAGAUGGCUGUGAACUUUGCUCAGCUGCCAGCUGCUGGGUGUGUGAUGAUGAAGCUCCAGUGUGUAUCCUGAGGACAGGCGUGCAGAGUGGCCUGUGGCCAUCAACUGGAUCUCAGUUCUUCACUCCCUGAUUUCGUCUUCCAGGAGCCUGACUGUGGCUGUCUGAAGGCCUCCUUCCUCUACGUUACUCUUGCUUUUCCUGACUCUUUGUUUUCUCUGGCUGUGGCCCCAGCUUAUCCCUACUAUGAGGAAUAGACCUCAGGGGCUGUUGGACGUGGCUCGAUAGCACAGGGGAAGGAACAGAAAGGCCAUGUCUCCUUAGAGGUGGAGUGCCUGCCUCAGUGGGUGACUUGGCUUCUGAGACCAGGAGUUACAGAGGAGGUGGGCAUGGCAGCUGGGAUGCACAGGGGCACAAACAUGAUUCUUUAUAUCACGGCCUGCCCGGAGACCACAGAGUCACUGAUGAGACCAAAACAAACAUGGCCACUUGUUCUGGGACCUUGAAUCUCCCGUGACUGAAAGGAGAAUCCUAAGGAUCUGGGAAAGGACCCAGCGGGGCUGGCUGCUCCAGCUCUGGCUUCCCUUUUCUGCCUUCUUCCAUCCCCUGCUCUGGGAGCCCUGGCCCUGAGGGGGCGACACAGAAUGCAGGUGUCCUGGCCAGGUGGGGAAGCAUGAGGGCUGUGUCUCCCUCCAUCCACCCCCUAAUUCUCUGGAGCUGUUUACACUUUUCUCUUUGCCUUUUCUACGUUUUUAUAACUUCUUGGGGACUCAGGGUUGAGUGGGAUGGAGGGAGGAGUUCGGUGCUGUCAGGCCCCGGCCGGGGUGGGUUGUUUGCUGAGGAGCAGUGUGGGCACGCAGCUCCCUUGGCCCCUUCGUCAGCUCCUCCCAGGACUCCAGGAGGGUGUCCUCCUCCCUUCGCAGGCCCCCUGCGGAGGAAAAGAGGAGGAUCAGAGUAUUCUUCCUUCCAGGAUGGGUUUACAGUGAGGCGUAAGCCCCUGAAACUGCUUGCCCUCCCACACCCAGUUUGCAUUCUGGUGGGGACUUCUGUGCAGCACGUGAAGCCCCAACACUUCUGUAAGAGAUCCUGACGGCAGGGGACUGGGGUAGAGGGAAGAGGCAGCAGCUGUGGAGCUGGCCAGCACACUGCCCUUCCCCGCUGCAGUGGUCCCCCAUUCCCUAGCCUUUGACCUAGGGAGAACCUGGGUUGGAGAAAGAAGCUAAGAGGUUCAUUGUCCUACCUCCCCUCCUUCCUCUUGACCGUCUGUCUCCAGCUCCGAGGCCUUGUGUCCUACCCAAACUCUGUCAGG